CUGUUUAUUUAGGGUUCUUGGGAGGCAAGGAUUGCGAUGGCGGCAUUGGGAUGCUUUCGCGCGGUGUGCCUCCUCCACGCAGCGAUCGACUGCGUCUCCGGCUGCCUGAUGAUCUUCUUCCUGUGGGAGCUGGCCGAAUUCGGGCAUGGCAAGACGACAUCCAGCAAGAUCCUUGGAUCCACGCCCUAUGAUCAGCUCCUCAUCGCGACCUCGGAAUCCCUAGUCGGGAUGCUGUUGCUCGUCAUUGGCCUGCUCCUCUUCAUGGUAUCUUUUGUAAAAGAUCGGGAUUUCCAAACUUUCUUCGCCAAGGGCUGUAUCGUCAUUCACGGCCUCAUGGUGGUGUGGAGGCUUGCGUUUGAGAUCAGGGUGGAGGAGCUGGCUGGGGACUCGAUCAGGCAGAUGAUUGGUGAUUGCUUGUUGGGAUCGUCAUGGAUCUUCUUCUUGAUUUGGAAUUGGAGGGAGAAAUACGACUGACUUGGCCGAAAUAUCGAUCCCAGGAAAGCAUACGCUGCUCGCCCCUAUCCCAGAUCGGCAUCUCUUGUGUUCAUCCUCUCUUUCCUCCUCUUUCUACCUUCUUCUUCCUUCUUUCUUGGGCAUUUACUCCACUAAGCUUGAUUUCCAUACA